GAGUACCUAGAGUUUCUCAGGUCCUUCUCCUCUCUAGUGUCGCGUCAAAUGAAAACAUUUAUUAGAGGCAGCAGUAGUUCUCAUCAUAUGUCUAUGGUUAUCAUCAGCUAAUACUAAACGUCAAAAACAGACCUUUAACUCAGCAUCUCGAGCAGAAUUACUUAAACGUUUGAGGCUUCCUCGCAAUAUCUGGAAACAGACGCCGCGUUUUACCUGCAUGCAAUCACUCGCACGUCGUUUUCAGGACACAGCUAGCGCGCGGUUCAUUACGUUAACGUUACUGAUCUGUAAAUUGCAUAAAACAAAUAAACGCAUGGUAAUAAUAGCGGAAGUGUAAGGAGAGCCUCAUCAUCAGAGCAGAGAAGAGGGGGGUCUAGAGUCGCGUCUUCAUUCCCGGGCUACCGAUCGCCGGUAGAGUGGAUCGGGACGCAGGAGCGCGGGGUACGGGGAGCGGAGCCGUGUCCGUGUCUAUACCGAGACUGCUGGACGAUAGCAUGGCCGCCGGGAAGGCAGCGAGCAAACCGUCUCUCUGGCAGAACGAACGGCUCCGGUUCAUCGUGUGUUUCUGCGGAGUGUUCGUGUGUUACUUCUACUAUGGGAUACUGCAGGAGACGAUCACGCGAGGAGACUACAGUCAAGCGGGGAAGAAGGAGAAGUUUCGUUAUGCCACCACACUAGUCUUCAUCCAGUGCAUCAUUAAUGCUGCUUUCGCCAGACUCUUAAUUCUGUUUUUUGAGGGCUCAAAGCAGGACCACACGAGAAGCUGGCUGUAUGGCAUGUGCUCUCUGUCUUACCUGGGUGCCAUGGUGUCCAGUAACUCGGCCCUGCAGUAUGUCAACUACCCCACACAGGUUUUGGGAAAAUCCUGUAAACCUAUUCCAGUGAUGAUUCUGGGUGUCACAAUCCUAAGGAAGAAGUAUCCCAUGGCGAAGUAUCUGUGUGUGUUUCUAAUCGUCACUGGGGUCGCUCUCUUCCUCUACAAACCCAACAAAGGCUCCAGCACAUCAGAUGAACACACAUUUGGCUUUGGAGAGAUGCUGCUGCUGCUGUCUCUGACUCUGGAUGGGCUGACAGGUGUAGCUCAGGACCACAUGAGGACACGGUACCAGACGGGAGCCAAUCACAUGAUGCUGAACAUCAACAUGUGGUCCACACUGGUUUUAGGAAUAAUUGUGCUUUGGACAGGGGAGGUGUGGGAGUUUUUGUCAUUUACUGACCGCUAUCCUAGCAUCAUCUAUAAUAUCCUCCUGUUCAGUAUCACUAGUGCUCUUGGACAGACUUUCAUCUUCAUGACUGUGGUGUAUUUUGGGCCGCUCACCUGUUCCAUCAUCACAACGACACGGAAGUUCUUCACCAUCCUGGGGUCUGUGCUGCUGUUUGGGAACGUCAUCAGCACUAUGCAGUGGUUUGGUACCAUCCUCGUCUUCCUCGGCCUCGGACUGGAUGCCAAAUUUGGAAAGUCUCCUAAGAAGACGACACACUGAAGACUGGAACCCUGUGUGUGUGUGUGUGUGUGUGUGUGUGUGUGUGUGCAUGCGCACAUGUAUGCCUGCAUCUGAACUCCUGAGACAAACAUAGACGUUGGUGUACUCCAGAGAUGGUGUUUUAGCACUCAAAAUAUUGUUAUUAUGCUGAUGUUCUGAACAUUUAAUUAUGGGAUAGGUUUGACCAUCAUCUUGCAAAAUGGUAUCCAUGGUAACAGAGGGACAGUGCAAAUGUGUGUCUGUGCCUAAUCAUAAUCUGUCAUGCUCAUAAGGCGAAAUCAAAAAGAUAAAGUUUGGAUAAAGAUCCUAUAAAAGGUAGACACACCACAGCUGAUUGUACUUCCGGGAAGACUCCCUCCAGCGAGCCAACCACUGAAUUUUUUAACUACCACAAUUCGUACUUUUGACACAUUUCUAUAUUUACCUCCUAGACAUUUGAGAAGUCAGACAGGUGUGUUCUGCCUUAACUCUAGUCUUAAUUUAGGCAGUAAAUAGUUAAACGUCUGAUUGUCAUUGCAUUCCCCAAAAAGUGUAUGUGUGGUGUUUACUUUGCGUAUGUAAUGCACAAACACCUGUAUAGAUGAAUUAUUUGUCAAAACAUGGCUUUUUCAUACCAGAUGUCAUAUUUAUAUUCAUGUGUCUUGUUUGAAGUAAGCAAAACAAAUAUUUAGAAAGUUCACAUUUUUUACAAAAAAUAUCAUCUGCAUUAGACUGUAUCCUUAUGUCAGAAUAAAAAUGGAAUUUUAUAGA